CUCUGGUACAAAGAAUUAAGAAAAGCACUGCCAGUUGGAUCUGCCAGCCCUAAUUACAGCAGCCACAAACUCCAAUAGAGGAGAGGGAGAUUGUGCUUUGAAGUGACCUUCAACCUUACAAAGCCCGGAGAAGCCAGUACUGCUGGGAGUGAGGGCGAGUCGGAGCUCCUCGAGGCGCUCUCUCUGAAGGAGCGGAUGGCAAGAUACCAGGCAGCUGUCUCCAGGGGUGACACCCGCAGCUUCUCUGCUAACGUCAUGGAAGAAUCUGAAGUAUGCACAGUGCCAGGUGGCUUGGCCAAGAUGAAGAAACAAUUUGAAAAGGAUGAAAUGACUUCAACCAGGAACGCCUUUUCUGAGUAUCAAGACCAUCACCAGAGCAGAUCUGAGCAGGAAGCAAUCCAUAGCAGUCAAGAGAUGAGAAAGAAUGAACAAGAAUUCUAUAAAGCACAUGGAACCGAUGUCUUCAAAACAGAAACGAUGUCACAUCUUGAAAAGCACACUGAGGAAGUAAACCAAGCUUCACAGCUCCGUCAGUAUGUACAAGAAACAGUCAUUGAUACACCCGAGGAUGAAGAGAUGCCUAAGGUUUCCACAAAGAUUUUGAAAGAGCAAUUUGAGAAGUCUGCCCAGGAAAAGUUUCUCUACUCUGACAGAGAAACCACAACUCCAUCCAGGUGCAUAAAGAUUGAAAAUGACAGUGAAGAAUCCUUAAAGCCAUCAUCAGCUGUGGGUACCUCUUCUUCUUACACUUCAACCAGCCAGAGGAAGGAAAUCUCAACCUCAAGUUAUAGUAAUCACAGUGUCACUUCAACAUCCCUGGCACAAGUUAAUGGCGCUCCUUCAGGGAAGACGGAAGAAUUUCCUCCUCCCCCACCUGACGUACUUCAGACACCAAUGGAUAAGACAGCAUUUUCCCAGUCCCCUGAAUUCCCCAGUCCCCCUAGAGGACUACCAAUCCCCAAAGAUUUAUAUACCAAACAACGAAAUUUGUAUGAAUUAAACCGUUUAUAUAGACAUAUCCAUCCCGAGUUAAGAAAAAACUUAGAAAAGGAUUACAUCAGUGAGGUUUCUGAAAUUGUCUCUAGCCAGAAAAACUCAGGAAACUCCGUUUCGGCAGAUGUGCAACAAGCUCGGUAUAUUUUUGAAAAUACAAAUGACAGUUCUCAGAGAGAUCCGAACCAAGAAAGCCUGGAAUGGGAUGAAAUUCUGAAAGGAGAGGUGCAGUCCAUGCGAUGGAUUUUUGAGAAUCAACCAUUAGAUUCUAUCAAAAAUGGCUCUGCAGACGAAGGGUCCACUUUCAAGGGCGCUGCUGACCAAGAACUCAUUGCUGGGGGUGAUGUGAGAUACACGACUUGGAUGUUUGAGACUCAGCCAAUAGAUGCCCUAGGGGUUCCUUCUACUGGCACUGAAGGAAACACAGAGAAAAUUCCUGAGCUAGCUAGAGGAGAUGUUUGCACAGCAAGGUGGAUGUUUGAAACAAGGCCUUUAGACUCAAUGAACAAAAUGCACCAAAGUCAAGAAGAAACAGAAUAUACUGCUAUAAAUGACAUAACUGGGGGAGACGUUAAGACUGUGAGGUACAUGUUUGAAACUCAAAACCUGGAUCAGCUUGGGCAGCUUCACUCUGUAGAUGAAGUUCACUUAUUACAACUCCGAUCUGAGCUCAAAGAAAUUAAAGGAAAUGUUAAGAGGAGCAUAAAGUGUUUUGAAACUCAACCACUCUAUGUCAUCAGAGAUGGUUCAGGCCAAAUGCUAGAAAUUAAAACUGUGCAGAGAGAGGACAUUGAAAGGGGGGACGUGAGAACAGCACAUUGGAUGUUUGAAACACAGCCUUUGGACGCAAUUAGCAAAGAUAUCACAGAAAUUAAAGUUGUUCGAGGAAUAUCCAUGGAAGAAAAUGUCAAAGGUGGGGUGAGUAGAGCAAAGUGGUUAUUUGAAACUCAGCCCCUGGAGAAAAUCAAAGAAGAGUCAAAUGAGGUUGUCAUUAAUAAAGAAGCCAUCAUAGGUACAGAUGUUUCUAAGAAGUGCUGGAUGUUUGAAACACAGCCGUUAGACGUUCUAAAAGAAGUCACUGAUGCAGAUACUACAUCACCUGAAGAGAGAAUAGGAGGUGACGUAAAAACCACCAAGCAUCUAUUUGAAACGUUUCCAAUAGAAGCUUUAAAAGACAGUCCUGAUGUAGGAAAGCUUCAAAAAAUCACUGCCUCUGAAGAAGAAAAAGGAGACGUUAGGCACCAAAAAUGGGUUUUUGAAACUCAACCUUUGGAAGACAUUAGAGAAGGUAAGAGGGAGUACACGAGGACAGUGAGGCUAGAAGCAGUUGAGAGAGGUCAGGUAAAGAACUACACGCAUAUCUUUGAGGCCAAUAAUUUAACUAAGGUUGAUGCAUCACAUAAAAAUGAGGUGGAAGGAGUACCCAGAGGCACUGUGGAGUUGAAUAAAUCUCUCUUCGAGACAAUCCCACUGUAUGCUAUUCAAGACCGUCUUGGAAAAUACCAUCAAGUAAAGACAGUUCAGCAGGAAGAAAUCCUCACAGGAGACGUAAGAAGCUGUAGGUGGCUUUUUGAAACAAGGCCCAUUGACCAAUUUGAUGAAAGUCUUCAUAAAUUUCAAAUAAUUAGAGGAAUAUCUGCUCAAGAAAUCCAAGCAGGGAGUGUGAAAACUGCUAGAUGGUUGUUUGAAACUCAGCCUCUUGAUUCAUUUAAAUAUUUUAGUAAUGAGGAGGAAACAGAAAGCAAAACUGAACAAACUACAAAUGUUGUUAAAGGAGAUGUCAAAACCUGUAAAUGGCUCUUUGAGACCCAGCCAAUGGAGUCUCUUUAUGAAAAGGUUUCCUUGGCGACAAACACCGAAGAUAUUCAUAAGGGUGAUGUUAGAACCUGUACCUGGCUUUUUGAAACGCAGCCACUUGAUACUAUAAAAGAUGACUCAGAAGCAACAAUCAAACUACAAACUGUAAAGCAGGAUGAGAUACAAGGUGGGGAUGUUCGGACAGCAUGUUUUCGCUUUGAGACAGAAAAUCUGGACAACAUACAGGGGAAGGAAGGGAAAGAAAACAAGCCUGUGGAGGUGGAUAUACAAGCUGGCGAUGUCUCUGGUAUGAAGUAUAAGUUUGAGCACCAGUCCUUAGGUUCUAUCAGUUGCAGUUCAGAGGAUGUUUUGAAUAAGAUCAAAACCCUAAAAACUGAAGACAUUCAGAAAGGCAAUGUGUUAAAUUGUAGGUGGCUAUUUGAAAACAUACCCAUUGAUACGAUAAAGGAAAAUCAAGAGGGUGAUGGAUUGGUUAAGACAGUGACAGACAUACAAGGAGGAAAUGUGAGAAAGGGGUGCUUCAUUUUUGAGACGUUUUCUUUGGAUGAGAUUAAAGAUGAAUCCAAUGAUGUACGCAUCAGGGAAACGAAUAAUGAAGAAGUCAUCAAAGGUGAUGUGAAGAGCUACAGAAUGCUCUUUGAAACACAGCCGCUCUAUGCAAUUCGAGAUCAAGAAGGGUUUUACCACGAAGUGACUACUGUUAAAAAAGAAGAAGUAAUUCAUGGAGAUGUACGAGGAACGAGGUGGCUCUUUGAAACAAAACCAUUAGACUCAAUUAAUGAAUCAGAAGAUGUGUAUGUUAUUAAAUCUGUCACCCAGGAAGACAUUCAGAAGGGGGACGUGAGUUCUGUCAGAUACAAAUUUGAGACUCAACCCCUGGAUCGGAUCUCAGACGAAUCACAUGGUAUUGUGCACACUGUGGAUUCUAUUCAAGGAGGUGACGUGAAGACAAGCAAACAAUUCUUUGAGUCUGACAAUGGUGACAAGAAGAAAUAUGUAAGAACAGUGAGUGUCAACGAAGUGCAAAAGGGCAAUGUUAAGACUUCUACUUGGCUCUUUGAAACUCGCAGCAUAGAUGAACUGGGAGCAGGGUCUGGAUACGACACCAUCAAGACUGUCACCCAGGAAGAGAUGCGGAAAGGUGACGUUAAGAAUGCAGUGUGGCUCUUUGAAAAUCAAGCAUUGGAUUCUAUUAAGGAAGUAGACGAAAGUGAUGCAAAAAUGACCAAAGAAGAAAUUCCUCCAUCAGAUGUCAAAACAACUACAUGGCUCUUUGAAACAAAACCUAUUCAUGAAUUUAAUGAAACAAGAGUAGAGAAGGUAGAAAUUAUGGGCAAAAGCAUUAAAGAAACUCUGGAAGACCUCUACUCUCAGAGAGUUAUUGAAGCUCCUGGAAUUAUCAUUGAAGCUGAUGAAGUUGGCGAUGUCCGAAUGGCAAAAUACAAGCUCAUGAACCAAACAGCCCCAGAGAUACAGAAAGAAGCAGCUAUCAGGGCUGAUCUCAGAAGCAUAAUGAUAAAUUUACUUUCCCAAAGGGACGGUAAAAAGAAAGAGAUAUGUGUCAGUGAAGAGGAGAAGGGAAAUGUCAAUUUGACUAAAACUCAAUUAUUAAACAGAUCAACUGAAUUUCAUGCUGAAAAGGAAGAGAUAGUGAGAGGGGAUGUUAAACAAGCAAUAAAAAAGCUGUUCUCGGAGGAAAAACACACAAAGAAAGGCAUCUUAAUUCAGGAAGAUGAAAAGGGAGAUAUCAACAUGACUAUCUACUGUCUUCUUCAUGAAAAUGCCGGUGACAAGACUGAACGAGAAGACAUAAUAGGAGGUGAUGUGAGAGGCGCCAUUCAUAACCUGCUAUCUUCUCCAUCAAAUGGUAAAAUACCUGAAAGGACAAAAGUCGGUGCCUCAGAGAGGGGAAACGUUCAGUUCUUCACAACAUGCAUAGAAACCGGAGCUUUGGAUUACCUCAAACAACUUCAAGCAGGGACGAAUGAAACACUCACAGCCAGGGAACAAGAGGGAGAGGGAGACAUAAUCAGGUGUGAUGUGGAGGACACAAAACUGUUAUUAAAGGAAGGGCAAUCUCUGGUUGAACAUACCGUUCAUGAAACUGACAUCAUCCCAGGAGAAGUGCACAAUACAGUUAAAGUCCUCAUGGCUGGAUCUCAGGGUUCAUCUUCCAAGACACAGAAAGAAGAGACUAUAAAAGGUGAUUUGAACUCAACCCUAAACUCUCUCAGCCAGGUCAUGAAUCAGAAAACAGUGUCGGAAGCAGAUGAAAUUGUAAACUGUGACAGGUUGACCACACUAGAGUCACUUAAGGAGUCAAGCCACAGACAGAAAGAAUCUAAACAAUCUGGUGGCAUCUCUGGUGAUCUUGAGCAAGCUAUUGCGUGCCUUGAGAAGGCUACAAAUACAAGGACUGAAAUACUGAAAAAAGAGAUGAUGCUAGAUGACCUUGAAACAUCAUUAAGGUCUUUGAAAGAAGCACAGCAGUGUUUCAAAAAGCUGGAUAGAGCAGGGCUAAUCAAAGAAGAUGCACUGGGAUUCGCAGAACGACAAAAAGUAGGGAUUCGUCCAGCUACUGUCCAGAGAGACAAAAAAAGUCUUCUCCAACCAAUGCCAGGACCAUUUGAGCCAGCAACCAGGCAGCAAGCAGGACCAGGCCCUCUCCAUGAAACCAUGCAGCAAUCGUACAACCAGCCUUCAGUAGAAGAAAGAUGUGAGGUUCAUCUUUCCAGAGCCCCGAAGGGCGCUGUCAAGAUUGUUGUUGAUCGGGAACAAAACAACGACGCUCUAGAGAAAAACCUUAGGAAGAUGUCUAAUCCAGAGCACAGAGCUGUGAGAAAUGCUUUAGACAUGGGUGACAGAACUGGCAUCUGGACUGAGAGCAGAGAAUAUCUGCGUGGUGGUAACAAUAUGAGCAAACAGUUAACUACAACCCUGGCAAUGAAGGAAAAUGUAAAAAUCAAGGAAUCAGAAAAUGUGAGAGAGUCAAAGGAUGCUAUCUUUAACUUCUCUCAGUCUGUAGACAAAAUGUUUAGAAAGCAGCAGACUCAAUCUUGUGAAGUACAGAAUGAUUACCAGAAGUCUCAGUCCUGGGAUUCCUAUGGGAAGAGUCAAAAUAAAAUGAAAAAUGUGAAUAUAUCACCAGGGGCACAAAGUUAUAUGCCAGAUCCCACCCAGCAUCCCACCAACAAGACAGCUGAAGAGAUGCAUGGGGCAACCAGAAACUCUUGGGAGCAAGCCUUGCUAAGUCAGGAAACAUGGUAUUCUAAUAAAGAUAUGAAGAAAAAUGAUGGGAGUCUUCAACCUUUACCUGCAGGUAAGGAUGUCCACGGACUAACAGGAAUGAGAGUCUCUGGAAAAGGCCACAAAAAAUUUCAGGCAACUGACAAAAACCAGAAAAUUGAUGUUCGUCUAGAAAGCCAGGACUUUCUAAUGAAGACAAAUACUUCCAAAGAGUUGAAAAUGGCAAUGGAGAGGUCCCUUAAUCCAAUCCACCUUCGCCCUGAGUGUCAUGUGAAAGAAAAUGAGGACUCUCUUCCACCUCCAUCUCCUCCUCCUCCUCCACCUUCCAAUGCAUCAUCCGAAAUUGAAUUUCCUCUUCCCCCUCCACCACCUUCAAUGUUGUUGCCUGAAAAGAAUGAGUUUCUUUCCUCUUCAUCCACAGAGAAGACAAGGACUGAAUUUGAAAAUUUCCCAAGUCUCCCUCUCCCUCCACCACCAGUAGAUGAGAAAUCAGAAGGAGAACGUCUGUCAGCAUCCCUUCCUCCUCCACCUCCUCCAACUCCAUGGCAAGCAGCACAGCUUCUACCCCCCUCUGCCCUAGAAAAUCGUAGUGAAUCACUUUGGCAGCAGCAUUCCCAAACAGAAUCCUCAAGCUCUCGGCAGAUUCACUCUCAGGCUAAAACCCUAACAGGAAAAACACCACCUCCUACACUCCCCAAACCCAAACUUCCCAAAAGAAUUAAAGAUAAAAUCAGUCAGCAGUACCCAAAUGGCGAAUUGGGAAAAUCUGUGUCAGAUGUGGAAAUGAAAACCAUCCUCCCGAAGGAUCAGGAAAGAUCAGGGGUGGCAGUGAGCAGUGAGCAUACUGAGACAAAGCAGGAGGUAUUCAGAGAAAGCCUUGGUGAAAGAAAACAGCUGUCAAUCCACUCAGCAAACUCUCUAUCUCAGACAGUUCCAGAAGUCUCAGCUCCCAGGGGUAAACAGAAAGCUCCCCUAGUUAAAUCCCACUCACUUCCAUCGGGUUCAGAGCAACAAAGCCCGAAGCCUUACAUGAGAAAAUUUAAGACACCUUUAAUGAUUGCCGAAGAAAAAUACAGACAACAAAGGGAAGAGCUUGAGAAACAGAGACAGGAGAAUUCUUGCCACAGCACUGUCAAAACAGAAACCUACCACCAAAACAUAUCCGAGAAGGAGAAAGAAACAGCGUCACAAAAAGCAGCGGAGACAGUCCCCAUACCCAGGAAGGAUUUGGACUUGACUAAGAACAGGGCUGUGCUUGUAGGUGUGAGCUCUGACAGCCAACCCUGCACAGCCUCUGCAUUGGCAGUUGCUACUGAGAGGCUCCAGCAUGUUCUAGCAGCUUCAGAAGAUAAGUGUACCAUGAGAAAGGGAGGUAUACAAAGCUCAAAGAACAUGCAACAAUCAAAAUCAGCUUGUGAAAUUAGCCAGAAUUACAAGGAAUGUAAGACACAACAAACACAUAUGGAGACGUUGCCCUUUCCCCAAAGCAAAUCAAAUUUCCCAAGUAUCAAAGUGAAAACUAUCAAGCUCCCGACACGAGAUCAUACAUCGACUGAAAUAGAUCGCAGUUCUGAAAGUCACAUAAAGCAAUCUGAAGUUGACGCCCAAACCAUCACUAAACAAAUGAAUCAGGAAAUCAAGAAAACCCAAGCAAAGACACGGUUUGAUGAUAAGCAAUCUGUGCCUGAAAAAUCUUUUCCAUUACCUAAAAUGGAGAAAACGGUGACAAUACAAAUGCCUGAAGAAUCUUCCGGGAAAAAUCACAAGAGUAAACUCAAAACACCUCCCAAGAAGCAGAGGGGAUUUGGGGAGCUUGACGGAGGAAAUGUCCUAGGGCGUGAAGAAAGUCGUCAGGACUCAUGCAUGAGCAGUUCCAAAGAGGACAGAUUAACAGACAGAAAGCAAGAGCAUCUGCAGGACCAGAGAGUACCGAGGGUAGUCCAACAAACGAUUUUUGAUGCAUGCCUAGACACACGGACUCAGAAUUUUCAGCAAACACAAAUACAAACAUCUGGAAGUACAGUUGAGCACAAAAAACUGCCUGAUAUGACAGAGAAAAAAUGUCUUAGAGACCAGGGAAUUCAACAGACCCAUGUCACUCUUAACACUGAGCAUUCAAAGCAAGAGAUGAUGCAGCACAAGUCUCCAUUUUCCUCUGUGAAAGAAUCCCAGCAGAAUGAUGGGAAAGGUGCCAUAAAUAUAUUGGAAUUCUUGAGGAAACGUGAAGAACUACAGCAGAUUUUGUCUAGAGUAAAACAGUUCGAAGCAGAGUCAAAUAAAAGUGGCCUUCAAACAUUUCAGACACUGUUAAAUAUUGUUCCGGUAUGGCUGAUAAGUGAAGAAAAAAGAGACUAUGGAGUUCGUGUUGCCAUGGAGAAUAAUUUAGAAAAAGUCAAAGAAGAAAUAACACAUAUUAAAACCCAAGCAGAGGAUAUGCUUGCGCACUGUGAACAUGUAAUUCAAACAGCCAUGAUGGCCGCCCAAACAGGAAAGCAGAGAGAUAAGCCUACCCAUCUUAAUGAAAUGUCACUGAAAGUGUCUAACGUCAAUGCCAGCUCGAAUAAAUGCACUGAGCAGCGAGAAAAUAAAAUUGGAGAAGAAAAAUCAUCACACCGCCAAGUAGCAAUGACCCAUGGCCCUGCUGAGACACAUCAGGAGCCUAAGGGAGAUUAUAAGGAGACACAUCAGGAGCCUAAGGGAGAUUAUAAGAUUGCUCCUCCCUCUCUGAAAACUCGUCCACCGUCACCAACGUUCAUUACAAUAGAGUCCACUGCCCGCCGAGCCGAAACCUCCACCAAGAGUGAGCUUUCUCAGUCCCCUAAAAAGAACAAUUGUGCUGAACCUCCACCUAGAAGACCCACAGAGCAAACACCUAGACUUCCCAGAACAGGCACCUCCCCGUCGUCCCCACCAAGGAGCCGCUCUGAACAACUCGUUAGACUCAAAGACACCACGGCCAAGUUAGCCAGAGGUAGCAUCCCAUGCUCGCCAGGGACCCCAGUUCCGAUGGCAGAGAAGAGAUCAGAAGUGAUCGUGUCUCCAGCCACACUUCGCAGGCAAAUUAAGAUAGAAAGUCAUGCCAGGGACUCUCCACCAGCUGUCACGAUACCUGUCAAUGUGAACCACGUCAUGAGUGGUUCCUUCCGAGAAUCUGUAGCAGCUCAAGAGGAAAGGAGAGAAAUACAGAAAAAGGAGACGUAUGUUCAUAAAGAUGAAAUGAAUUCAAUCGACAGCACAAUGCCAGAAAUAGAAAGCUAUGAUGCAGUCGAAAUCAUCCGCAAGGUGCAAGGGCCUCGCCUAUCAGAACACACAGAGAGAUUUGAAGCAGCUACCAAUCAAACGGUUCAAAUGGCUGAACGUUUUCUGAAUGGCCAUGAAAAUGAAAUGCACAGAUGGUUUAGGGAAUUUGAGAAUGACCCAGUUUUUGGAGCAAAGACGGAUAGAAGAGCUUAUGCAAACGGUGAAGUAAACCGCAACAUGAAACAAGAGAGUCACACAUUUUGUAAGGAGGAGUUUGGAUUAGCAUCUUCUGGAAAUGCUAACUUUCCAGGCUUUUCCUACAGACAUCCUAGAGAGUACCAAGAAACAGUUUCUGCAAUGCAGCCCAGGGUUCACUCUGAAGCAAGGUCUCUCAGUGAGCACUUCUUAGGCAUAGACGCAUUUGACAGUCAGAUCAUUGGGUCAAAGGUAGCAACCUCAUCGACACGUAGCUCGGAUGCAGGCAGGUCUGGCUUUGACAUCAGGCAUGCUCCACCAACCUAUGAAGACGUGAUUGCUGGCCACAUCCUAGACCUUGCGGAUUCACCUCCAAAUCAUAGAAGAGAUUUUCAGAAGACGUGGCAGGAGAGUGAAAGGAUUUUUGAGCACUUGGGCUAUGAAACCUCCAACGCACAUGCAACUGAAAUGAGCCGGGCCUUCCAGGAGGAAUCUGCCUUUAUACGUGACAAGGAAAUCUGCGUAAUCUGUCAAAAGACAGUUUAUCCAAUGGAAUGCCUCGUAGCAGACAAGCAGAAUUUUCAUAAAUCUUGUUUCAGAUGCCAUCACUGCAGCAGUAAACUGAGUUUGGGAAAUUACGCAUCACUUCGUGGACAAAUAUACUGCAAGCCCCACUUUCAACAACUUUUUAAGUCUAAAGGAAAUUAUGAUGAAGGUUUUGGACACAGACAGCAUAAAGAUCGAUGGAAUUGCAAAAACCAAAGCAGCUUAGUUGAUUUAAUUCCCACUGAAGAACCCAGUGUGUGUGAAAACCCUGCAGCAGAUACCCUCUUGUCUGGGGAUCUUACUAAACAUGCAGAGGUUUGUAACAGCGAGUGGCAAAACGAUGAUUUGAGGAAAUGGGGGGAGAGAGGAAAAUUAAAAAUUGUUUGGCCUCCUUGCCAGGAGAUGCCUAAGAAAAGCUCUCCCCGUGAGGAAGAACUCAAAGUGAGUAAGCCUAAAUGGCCACCUCACGUGACAAUCCCUGUUCCCUCCGAAUUUAAAAGGGAGUCGCCGACAGAGCACGUAAAAAUCAUGGAGAAUCAAGGGGAAGAGCCAGAGAGCUUCCCUGUCCUACAACCGUGUCAGCACCACGCGUGUCAGAAAGAGGACAUUGGGGUAGUCCAAGAAAUAAAAGUGUAUGAAGCAAGAAAAGAGGAGAAAGAGGGAAAGAGAAAUGCGCAAGAUAAGCUGGAUGAAGCUGAGGGUGUAGCAAACAAGAGAAAAAGCGGGAUGGAUCUUUACGACAGUCACCUGUAUGUGCAGAGCGACGCAAAGGAGAAGGAUGGACAUGCUAAUGAACCUGAUGGCGCAGAGGCUUUACAAGUUACAAACCCUGGUGCUGACGUGGGACCAGAGACCCACAGACAGAACUUCAAUAACAACAACAAUAACAAUUCGGUAGCUGUCCCCUCUCUGAAGAACGGCAGGCAGGAGAAACCUGUUUUAGAACGUCCUCAUCUAGUGCCGUCGGCCAGUGAAGCAAACAGCUACUACGCAAGUGAAUAUCAAAACAAGAAGUUAAAACAGACAUCUAGGAUCUCAGAGUUACUUGGUAUCUUUGAAUCCGAAAAGUCGUCCUCCAAGAAGGUCCUAGCCAUGGCUCUGGAGAAAAGGGCUGACGGAGUGACUGCAGGCAGUCCUGAGCAGUUCGCUCCGGAGCCAGGCUUCCGGCAGGGCUCAUCAGUUAAAGAGGAAAGCCGUGCAGCCUCUCCUGAUAACAACCUCUUACCCAUGAAAGGAAACCAUGAAAAUAACAAAAACGUACACCUUUUCUUUUCUAACACCGUGAAAGUCUCUUCUUUUUCCAAGAAUCAUCACACCCUUGGGUGUGAUUUCAUAGAUUCUGUUGAUCAACUCAAAAGUAUGUCACGCUUGUAUUUAAGAGAACUUGGAAACGAUGUCAAAUCCUGGCAUGGGGAAACUACAGGAGCAGCUUGGAGUGAUGGGAGAACGGGUUUUGAUGCUGCAAGCCCAGGGUGUGCGGCUAAGCCUGUGGUUCCCAGAGUGCAGUGCCAGGCUGAACAUCUGACCGUGGAAGAGCUGAUUAAAAGGGACAGGUGUUACAGUACCAGCGAUGCUGACUGAGACUUCUCUGGCCACUUGUGGUUCCUACACAAGCACGGAGAGAUGUUCUCAGAUAAGAUCUCGGGAUCAUGACUCACUUAGGAUUGCAACGAUCAUGUCUCAUAAUUUCAUAUUUCCUGUAUCGCACUCCAUAAUUCUUCUCCACUAUUCAUUUGAGUCUGGUUUGGAUCUGAACGGCAUGCUGAGGUGAAACAAGGUAGCCAUGGUUUCUUCCUCAAAUGGCCCAGGCGCUACUUGUUUCUAUACUGUAUAGUGUGCGUGAGGGGUCUGUAUUGCUGGCGGUUGUUGCCAUUCUUGCACCUUCUCCAUAAUUUCAGAUGAAAUAAAAUUGAAUCACCUGA